UGCGCGUCGUAGUCAGUUCCGGGCUGGGUGCUGGUGUGUUGAGAGAUCAACAUCAGGCAGCUGCUGAUUUUAAUGACAUUUACUUUCUGCCUGUCCUUUGGAAUCUCACGUUUAACUGACGUUUACUUAAUCUGUCUGUAGACCAGCGUCUAAAACAUUACUACAGUGGACAGAUAGAAAGAUGAAUUUCCUCAGGGGAGUAAUGGGGGGGCAACCAACAGGCCCACAGCCGACUGGAGCAGAAACAAUUCAGAAGUUGUGUGACCGUGUGGCUUCAUCCACCCUGUUAGAGGAUCGAAGAGAUGCUGUCCGUGCCCUCAAAUCUCUGUCCAAGAAAUACCGUGUGGAGGUUGGAAAUAUGGCGAUGGACCAUUUGGUUCGUAUACUACAGACAGACCGGUCAGACACUGAAAUCCUAGGUUACGCUUUGGACACUUUGUACAAUAUUGUUUGCAAUGAUGAAGAGGAAGAACCAGAUGAAUCUGAAGAGGAGAACCAGCAAAAGCAGGAGGAUGAUUUGGGAGCUCAGUUCACUGACAAGUUUGUCCAGGAACCAGAAAAUGUCACUCUGCUCCUCACGCUGUUGGAGGAGUUUGACUUUCAUGUCCGCUGGCCAGGUGUUAAGCUCCUAACUGCACUUUUGAAAAACCAGUGUCCUCAGGUCCAAGGCAUCAUCCUGGUCAGCCCAAUGGGAGUGUCCAGAUUAAUGGAUCUCCUAGCUGACUCCAGAGAAGUUAUCCGUAAUGAUGGUCUCCUACUGCUGCAGCAGCUCACCAAAGGCAACGCAGCAAUUCAGAAAAUUGUGGCCUUUGAAAAUGCAUUUGAGAGACUUCUUGAUAUUAUCACAGAGGAAGGUUCUAGUGAUGGAGGUAUUGUGGUGGAGGACUGUCUCCUAUUGUUGCUCAACCUCCUGAAAAACAAUAGCUCCAACCAGAAUUUCUUUAAAGAAGGCUCUUAUAUACAAAAGAUGAAGCCGUGGUUUGAGGUUGGGGAUGACAACUCUGGCUGGUCAGCGCAGAAGGUCACCAACCUCCAUCUAAUGCUGCAGCUGGUGCGAGUGAUGGUUUCUCCAGUGAACUCUCCAGGGGCUACUGCCAGCUGUCAGAAAGCCAUGUUCCAGUGUGGUCUCCUCCAGCAGCUGUGCACCAUCCUCAUGGCCACAGGUGUUCCUGCGGACAUCCUCACAGAGACCAUCAAUACUGUGUCUGAGGUCAUACGUGGAUCUGAAGUGAAUCAGGACUACUUCGCCUCUGUUAACGCACCCUCCAAUCCACCCAGGCCUGCAAUUGUGGUUCUUCUAAUGUCAAUGGUGAAUGAGAGACAGCCGUUUGUUCUCCGCUGUGCUGUACUUUACUGCUUCCAAUGCUUCCUGUACAAGAACCAUAAAGGACAAGGGGAGAUUGUAGCCACACUGCUGCCCUCCACUAUAGAUGCUAACUCUAUCUCAGCGGGACAGCUGUUAUGUGGAGGUCUGUUCUCAGCAGACUCUCUGUCAAACUGGUGUGCCGCUGUGGCUCUGGCUCAUGCGCUGCAGGAUAACCUCACCCAGAAAGAGCAGCUACUGCGGGUACAGUUGGCCACCAGUCUGGGCAAGCCACCCGUUUCCCUUCUGCAGCAGUGCACCAACAUCCUGUCCCAGGGUGAUAAGCUUGACCGGAGGGGCAGUAGGGUGCAGACGAAGGUCGGUCUCCUCAUGUUGCUCUGCACCUGGAUUAGUAACUGUCCUAUCGCUGUCAUGCACUUCCUGCACAAUCAAGACAAUGUUCCCUUUCUGACAGGUCAAAUUUCAGAAAACCUGGGUGAGGAUGAGCGACUGGUUCAGGGUCUGUGUGCUCUGUUGUUGGGGAUUUGUAUCUACUAUAAUGACAACAGCUUAGAGAAUUACACCAAAGAAAAGCUGAAGCAGUUGAUUGAGAAGCGCAUAGGGAAGGAAAACUUUGUGGAGAAGUUGGGCUUUAUAACCAAACAUGAACUGUAUUCCCGUGCUGCUCAGAAACCUCAGCCAGCCUUUUCCACCCCAGAACACAUGCUGUUUGAUCAUGAGUUCACCAAACUUGUUAAAGAGUUAGAAGGAAUGAUAACAAAAGCAGUGCUUAAGUCAAGCGAGGAAGAAAAAAAGGAAGAAGAGGUGAAGAAAACACUAGAACAGCAUGACAGCAUUGUCACCCAGUACAAAGAGUUGAUCAGAGAACAGGAUUCUCAAAUAAAUGAGCUGAAGGAGCAAGUGACACUGCUGGCGUCCCAGAAUGAAAAGAUGCAGAGCACCAUGACACAGCAGCUGUCUCAGAUUCAGCAGCACAAAGACCAGUAUAACAUCCUCAAACUUAAACUAGGUAAAGACAAUCAGCAGACAGGAAAUCAGGCAGAGGCGGCCCAUGUGAACGGACUCCAGCCAGAGGAGCUGAGCCAGCUCAGAGAACAGCUUGAGGAACUGCAAAAACAAAACCAGCUGCUACAGACACAGCUGGGUGAAAAGGACUCUCUAAUAACCAGUCUGAAAGCUGAGGGUGUCCCAUCAGCAGAGGGCUCAACUUCAGAGGUCACAGUGUUACAAAGGGAGGUGGAGUUGCUGAAAACUCAGCUGCAGAGGCAGACUGCAGAGAUAACACAAUUACAGAGUGAAAGACAGGAGCUUCUCAGAGGAUCUGAUACUACAGCUGCAGUUCCAGGAGAAAAUAGUCUCUACACAGAGAAAAUUGCAGAGUUAGAGAGCAGGCUCUCUGCUCAGACAGCAGAGAAUCAAAAGCUUAAGGAUGAAGUCAAAACUCUUCAGGAGAGUCAAGAAUCGAUGGAGAAAGACCUUGCUUCAGCCACAAGCACAGCCGCCAUCAUGCAGGCAGAGAAGAGCAAGUUGCAGCAGGAGGUGCAGGAGUCCAAGAAGGAGCAGGACGAUCUUCUCAUGCUACUCGCCGACCAGGACCAGAAGAUACUGAGCCUGAAACAGAGACUCAAGGACUUGGGAGAAACGAUUGAAGAUGAGGAUGAUCUGGAUUCAAAGGAUCAGUUUGAUGAUGAUGAUGAUGAAGAGGAGGAAGAAGAGUGUGAUGAAUAAAAAAAGUAUUGACUUAAUAGUGGAAGUGAAAGACUGCUAACAUUAAAUUGUCACUUACGCUUAGAGAAAGAGAUUGAAGGCCUUGGACAGUAGAGCUGAUCUUCUGAUUUUUAGAAGAUUCACAUAUUUCUUUACUUUCCUCAGACCUGCAUUUUUAAUUUUUAGAAUGUAUUUCACUGUAGGAAAACAAUACAAGGAUUAUAUUUUCCCACCAAAUUGAACCGGAUUUCAUUUAAAAAAAAGUUUCAAAUUUAUUGAAAUAAUAAACACAGGUGAAUACUUUGUUUUUGAUCAACAUUCCCAAUGCUUAUGUCAUGGUCUCACACCGUAGAAGAUUCUAAAGAGCUCUUUGCACUAAUAAUGGAGAGGAGAAAAUAAAGAAAAGAUUUGCUCCUGCUUUGUUUUAUAUAGUGAAGAUGUUCGGUCUGCGUUUCUAUACUGCUUGAGGGCUUGUGAGAGCAUCUUCAUGAUGGAUGGAUUCUGAAAGACAUGUCUGCUCUGCUCAGGUGCAUAGUGAACUCUGUUUAACAUCUCAUUCAAAUGGUCUAUUUCCUCUUUUGCAUUAGAUUGCUUCUUCCUGGUUAGAUGGCUGUUAUGCGUUUGUUUGUUUGUUUUUUGCCUGCAUGUCAACAGUUUUCAGUUCAGUCAUCCAAUCAUAUUUACAAAUGAUCAAACACCAAGCCAUGUUGCAUUGCGUUCAUACUAGCCACCUUGUUUCCAAUGUGUUGUUCAUCAAAACACUGCUGCAGCCUCACUAAAUGUUGGGAUGUACACUUUCAGGUUCCUCUAUAUUCUGCUAAAUUUGGUUUAGCCUUAGGUUAAUUUAUGGUCAAACAAGACUCAUUAGAAUAAACUAUAUAAAUACUUGUCUGUCA